UUGCAGAAAGUGGUUAGUAUCUUCUCUAGAGGAUCACAAAAAAAUGAAUAACCUGCUGCUUACUGUAAGAAAAGCUGUUUUUCAAACUGUCAAUAUUCUAGUUAUUUUGGUGAUUACUGGGUUUUCAUAGAAUAAACCGCUCAACUGACUCUUAUCAAAGAGAUAUAUAAGCUAGAUAAGACUAGAAAUCUAUUCAUUUGUUGGAAUAAAAAAAGCUGGAUUAUCUUAAAAUUCAACGUGUCCUUCUGCUGCACGAAUGUUCUCUUUGAUAACUUUUUGUUAUCUGCAGUCUGCACGUUACAGUUAGUGAUGAUUACUAAUCUAUAACUAAUCUACACUAAUUACUAAUCUAAAAUACGACCACAGCUAUAUAACUGUGAGCUGCUAAUUUAGAUUUUUACUACUUUCCCCUCCUACCGAGCACUAAUUUAUGAUUGCAUAACUCCGCCCUUUCUACCAAAUAUGGUCACUUCUGGUUCGAAAAAAAAAAAGAUGGAGGCAACUGGAAGACACGACAAGCUUCACUUUGGCUCUUAACCCCUUAAUGCGCGGCCAUGACACUCCCUGCUGUGUGUUUUCCAGCUCCAAAAACCCACUGGAUCCUAGAAGUUCUGUUCACUGAACAUUAUCCAGCUCAGCGCUCUUUCGUGACGAGCUAAAUUGUUUUAAUUUUGUCAAAGUGGUGUCCCUUAAAAUCCCAAAAGAUUUUGCUCUGGGUGUUGUUUUAUGUCCAUUACAAUGUUGUACAACGUUGUGUGCAAAGCCUUCAGGGAAGUAGAUCAGCAGCGUACAGGUGGAGGGAUGGAUUUAAGGGGAUGGCUGCAGGUGACUCUCAAUGGACUCGUCAUGGACUGAACAAGGCUGUGAGCUCGGUGUGCGCGUGUGUGUGUGUGUGUGUGUGUGUGAGAAGGUCGGGCCAUGUGGGAGGCCUUUUCAUGCCUGUCUGCUUAUGAAAGCAGAGCGGUCAUUGUGCCUCGCUCGGACUCUCUGUCUCCAACUUUGAUCCAACUGUGCGACACCAUGAGCGUUUCCCAAGAGACCCGCCUCCUGGACCAGGUGCUGGAGCUGAUUUUGAACGAGAAGCCCCCCACCAGUGCAACUCUUUUCCUGAACGAGGACGCGGACGCGGACAGACCCCCCGUUGCGCAGAGCGGAGACUUGAGGAGGCGCCUACGCGGGGCCAUGGAGAGGCGGGCGAGCGGCCUGAAGGGGAGGGUGAGCUCCGUCAGUCGGGAGCACGUCAGAGGCUUCCUCAGGAGGAACCUCUUUGUUCUUUUCACGGUCGCCGCCGUGGCUCUGGGUGUAACCCUGGGCUUCGCUCUACGCCCCCACAACCUGUCGCCGAGGGGGGUCAAGUACUUUGCCUUCCCGGGGGAGCUUCUGAUGAGAAUGCUGCAGAUGCUGGUGCUGCCCCUCAUCGUCUCCAGUCUGGUCACAGGUAUUUCCUCCUUGGACAGCAAGGCGUCGGGUAAGAUGGGUGUGCGCGCAGUGGUCUACUACAUGGUGACCACCCUGAUUGCGGUUUUCAUCGGCAUCGUCAUCGUGAUGAUCAUCCAGCCGGGGAAAGGCAGCAGGGACAGUCCUGUGGUCGCCGGCGGGAACGUAGAGCCGGUGCAAGCUGCCGACGCUUUCCUGGAUCUCGUCAGGAACAUGUUUCCUCCGAAUCUGGUGGAGGCUUGUUUCAAGCAGUAUAAAACCGUCUACAAGAAGACCGUGCGCACGAGGAACGUGACGCUGACGCUGAACCUCACGGACUCUCUGAACACGACGGAGUCGACGGACCUGAGCGCGAACCUCAGCAGGGUGCUGCACACCAUACAGGAGACAGUGGAGGAGACGGUCCCUGCGUCCGGCUCCUCUAAUGGAGUCAACGCUCUGGGCUUGGUGGUUUUCUCCAUGUGCUUCGGUCUGGUCGUGGGCAGCAUGAGGCAGCAGGGCCAGGCCCUCAGGGACUUCUUUGACUGCCUCAAUGAAGCCAUCAUGAGGCUGGUGUCCAUCAUCAUCUGGUACGCUCCAGUCGGUAUCCUGUUCCUGAUCGCGGGGAAGAUUGUGGAGAUGAAGAAUCUGGCGGAGGUGGGCGGUCAGCUGGGAAUGUACACCGUGUCGGUCAUCGUGGGUCUCCUAAUCCACGGCCUGUUCGUCCUGCCGCUGCUCUACUUCCUGGUGACCAGGAAGAACCCCUACAGCUUCAUCGCUGGUCUUCUGCAGGCGCUCAUCACUGCCCUGGGAACCUCGUCUAGCUCUGCCACCCUGCCCAUCACCUUCCGCUGUCUGGAGGAGAACAACCGCGUGGACAAACGGGUGACGCGUUUCAUCCUCCCUGUGGGCGCCACCAUCAACAUGGACGGCACCGCCCUCUACGAGGCUGUGGCGGCCAUCUUUAUUGCCCAAGUCAAUGACAUGGACCUAAACUUUGGUCAGAUUCUGACCAUCAGUAUCACAGCAACUGCUGCCAGCAUCGGAGCAGCAGGCAUCCCUCAAGCCGGCCUGGUUACCAUGGUGAUCGUAUUGACAUCGGUAGGACUGCCCACGGAGGACAUAACACUGAUCAUCGCCGUGGAUUGGUUCCUGGACCGCUUACGGACCACCACCAACGUGCUGGGCGACUCCCUGGGUGCUGGAAUAGUGGAGCACCUCUCCCGCGGAGAGCUGAAGAGUCAGGAUGCCGUCGUGGAGGAGAACGAGAAGCCCUACCAGCUCAUCUGUCAGGAGAACGACUCGCUCAACCAACGCAACGGCGAGACCUCCAUGUGAGGACGAGGAGGACACCCUGCAGGGCUUCAUCUGCCGAGAGCCUUCAGCUGGCGAGGUCGUCCUGCAAGGACCGUCUCAAUGGUUUAAUGGUCAAUUCAGCCAGGGGUUUGGGGUUUGAAGAUCAAUGUUGCAGUUGAAUACACAAACUCCUUUAUUUUUCUUCUGUGAAACAGGAAGCACAAAGUCCGGCCCCAGAGGUUGCUUCAUGACAGGAAAUCAGGACAGUUCAGUUAAAGCAAAGCAGUUAUAGAAAUGAAAAAAGAGGGUUAAGAGUCAUUUAAAAACAGGUUCAGGGCUCUUAGUCUAUUCAGUCGAGGCAGCAGACACUCCUUAGCAUCCUCUCAGUGUUAAAACACAGUAUUAUUGAAGACAGAACACCACCACUGGCUCUUGUGAAUAUUUCAAUCUGCAUCAUUGGUGUUGCUCAACACUUUUCACAUAUAAUUUUAAUAUUGUAAAGACUUAUUCUUUGUCAUUCUUGUUACGACUACCUCUUAUAGAACGUAUACACGGAGCUUCUACAUUGCUACAUACAGAAAUACUAAAUGGAGCGAAUCGGCAGGAUGAUAAAUCGUCAGCCUUAGACAUGUCCUGAUUAUUUGUUGUUAUUUAAGUUGGCCUGCACAGUUUCUCUGUGCAAUGCUGAGCAAAACUUGACUGUUAAAUAUUGGAGAUGAUGUGAAGCAGAAUCUGUCAUUUACAUUUUGGGAUUUGAAGUGGAUAUGUUUCAAGUGACUUGUUGAAAUACUUUUCAUUCAGUGUUUUCUUACAAAUAUUAUAUUGGUGUGUAUUUCCUGUAUUUGUGUAUCUUUGGUGCUGUCACUAUGACAUUUUGGUCAUGGACUGUACUGCUACACAGCAGUUAAAUGCAAUACCUGUGGGUUAAAUCUUUUUUUUUUUUUGAUUUACUGAGUUGUCCUUUUUCCUUCUUCCUAAGUGAAAGUUGUAUGUUUAAUUACUGAUUUAAGUAUUAAAAAAUGCAAUUUUAAGAUUUGAUUAUGUUGUGGUUAAAACAAUGUGGGUAUCAUCUGUGUCUGUGUUAAUGAUUUAUUUAUUUAGAUUAAUUUUGAUUGCUUUGUGAAAAGGUAUUGUGAAGAAAGUUAGAAAUCGAAUGUAGAGUUGCUUUAUGCUUCGGUGUUUUAGAGGAAAGUAUCGUGAAUUAUUCUGAAAGUCGACGGCUUUGUCUCUGUUACGCUCAUGCAAAGGUUCGACGUUAGCUUUGAUGAUGGAUGUUAUUUCGGUGAAAACAUUUUGAUUGACGGCUUAUGGUGAUGAAAUGCGACCAAUAAAUGGCUCAGGAAUUUAACCGUGA